AUGAAAAAAAAUCAGACUACCACACAUUUACUUUACCCUUGGACACACAAAACCAAAUCAGCAACUUCAAUAUUUUACAAUGAAACAGCGAUGGUGGAGGAACUGUACACUGGUUACCUGAUCAAGUCCCCUGCUCAACAAGCCCUGACUAAAAACACUCUGUCACAGAAAUCAUGGAAGCAUCGUUUCUUUGUGCUCUCCAAGACGGGGGAAGAAUCCUACCAGCUGACAUAUUAUGCAAAUAACGAAAGGAGAGACAAGCCUUUGGGAGAGAUAGACCUUUCUAAGAUCAGCCUGCUGUUUAUUGGCCCCGAGGCACAUCAGAAGUGGGACUGGAUCCAGAAAAACUUCAAAUGUUCUCCAUCCUCUGUGCUGUUCUUGAAGGUGGAAGACAACACACCAAAACACUCAAGAGACUAUUUCCUCAUUGGAAAAAACAGUGAUGAUGUGGAUGGUUGGCUCAAUGCUUUAGUCAAGGUAAUGAAGACCCAGAAAUCAAGAAACACCCUUCAGGACAACAGAUUUAGAUCAGCAUCUGAACCUGUAAAGAGUUCAGAACCAAAGGUUGAGGAUGAGCCUGAUGAAAGACGGUCAGCACCUGCAUUAAUGCUAACUUACCCGUCACUGUACAGCCAUUAUGACUAUCCUCGCAAGCUCAGCGAACCUCUACUACCAGUAGCGCUCAAGAUUCCAGUUAUUGAGGAUGAAGAUGAUGAGGACGAGAUUCAGGAUGAAUCUGCAGAGGACAGUGAAUACAUGUCCAUGGCAUCAUUGCAAAGAGCUUUGGAAGUUGACCAACAGGAGGGGUACACUACAUGCAUGCAGAAAAACACUUCCAUGAAUGGUCAUGAGUCCUCUGUGUGCAAUGGUGCAAUCUACCAGGAUGAGGAUGAUGAAUGCAAAUGUGAAACGUGCACACAUGUUGAGGAGAUCUGCGUUAGAAAAAAUGAUCUGAAAAACAGUCUGAUCUUGACUCAAGCAGAGGGCAAACCAUGUGUCUCUGACUGUCGGAAGAUUCAGGACUCGUGGCUCUUCCAUAAGGGGGACCAGAUCCUGGCCUUCAAUGACCUGCUUAUAGACACAGUAGAAGAGAUACAGACAUACGUAAGAAGACUAAGCAAGGAUGAGGUAAAACUCACUAUUCGGCGGCUCAUAGGAUCCCAGCCUCUGCACUCUGAACCCUGCCCAUCAUAA